AUGUAUGUGAAAUGGUUUGAUACAGUAAUGUUUUACUAUGCUAUUUUAGUGAAUGUCACUUUUUGUCAUUUUCAAAUUUCCCGCCAUUCCGUCCCCCGUACGUCCCGACGCUCGCAGGGGACAGAACCCAAAUGACAGAUGCCGGCAUCUGCCGGAGGACAUUGCCGGGGACACUGCAGGAGGGACAUCGUGGGAGCGCAGGACAAGGUAAGUGAUCGAGGGAUCCCGGAGCAGCGCCGCAUGGUAUUCCCGAGUGUGGCUCAGGGUUACCACUUAUGCUACACUCGGGAAUACUGCCAGGGAGGCUAC